AUGGAGACCCUGGAGGAAUUCGACAGUGAGUACCCGCUCGUCCUGUCCUUCUGCGAGCGGAUCUCCCCCCAGGAUUACGAGGGCCAAGGCCUGAGCUACACCCAGAAGUCCCUGCAGGAGCUCUUCACCCAGAUGGAGCGGAAGCCCAGCAUCUGCGAGAGGGUGGUGCGGAAGAGGAAGCAGGCCGAGAACGAGAGGGGCACCCUGGGCCAGUACCUCAAGGCCAAAUUCUUUGCCCUGGUGCAGGGCGAUAUGAAUUACGACAAUACCCUGGGGGAAAUGGAGAUGGAAGAAAAAGUUGAGCAACUCAAGCGGGAGAUGGAGAAGGCCAACGAUUACGCCCGGGCUGCCAAGACCUCAUCCUGGAGGCCGGCCGAGAGGAGGGUCCGGAGGCCUAUCCUGAUGGGAGGGUUCUGCCCACCAGAUGCCAAGCUCUGGGACUCAGGCCUUCCAGCCAUGCCCAAAAUCUUCGGUUCUUUCCCAAAGCAGAUGGAGAGAAACAAUCUAGACUUGAAGCAGCUUUGGGCCGGCAUGUCACCUGUCAAUCAAAAGAGCAUGGUUGAUCUACGUCCUCUAAUGCUGAAUCCUGGUGGAUUUCGUCCCUCGUUUCUCACAAGCAACUCUGUCCACCGGCUGAAAUACACUUUCCCAAGGGUUCCUGCCAGCAGCUCCCUCACCUCAUCUUCCCAAAGUUCUGGCCCUUCCAGCACUACUUCCGUUUUCAACACACCUGUGCUGGCCAGGUUCAGAGGCAACAAGGAGGACGAGACGGACAAGGGAAGCCCAGGCCCCGAUACAAACUCUGCAGGCGCCUAAAUGCCUUUUCGU